CUGCUCAACAAUACAACAAUUCAACAUUAAUUUAAUUUUUUAUUUCUAUUCGCUUUAAGUAUUCACUCACGCUGCUUACGAUUUCUUGAAGGCUUUAAAUUGUGACCAACUAAUUUGGAAUCUAUGGGUAUUAUUGUUCAGCAAUUGUGCAUGGUGCACUCCGCCAAUCCUUAGUUGGAAAGGGGGGUUAGUGAUCAGUUUUUCUUCUGUCCAGAUUUUAUCCUCUCCGUCCGAACGUCAAGCAGUCUUACACCUUGUAUGAGUAAUAUUUCCAUUAUUGCAUAACAUAUCUUCUUGUUUGACAUGUGUAAUCGCUCCUUUUGUCCCGCGUCAUCCUGUCUUCAUGUCGCAUAUGCCCGUCCAUGCAGAAAUUAUCCACUAAAAUGUUCUUCGCUUUGAAGCUUCUCAUGGUCACUCAUCAUAGAAGAAAGAAGAAAUUACGAUCCGUUCACUCAAAUACAUAAUUCAUAGAUUAUGCUGUCAGAAUGAUAGAAAGUGUAUCGAGGAGAGCCUUCGGGAGUUCUCGAGGAACGUACAAUGUCCGUGCCUCCGAGCUAGCCCAUGAUAAUCGCAAAAGACUAAAAACAAUAUCAUGCAGUGUUGUUUUCUUAGAUGACACCCAGCACACAUUUCAAGUUGAGAAACGAGCAAAAGGUAACGUUCUUUUGAAUGCAGUUUAUCAGCAUCUGGAGCUUAUUGAAAAAGAUUACUUUGGUCUGCAGUAUUGUGAAAAUGGUGCCAUCCCUUCAGUUAGCAAUCCAGAUAAUGUGAGAUGGCUAGAUCCAACGAAGCCAGUCAAAAAACAGCUCCGAGGGGGCAGUUUUUAUUUCCGAGUGAAAUUUUAUGUCUCCGAUCCGAGCAAACUCCAAGAAGAAUACACCCGUUACCAUCUUUAUUUACAAGUCAGAAAAGAUAUUAUGCAAGGUCGCUUGGUGGUGCCUCCGAACACCGCAUGCCUUCUAGCAAGUUACACUGUUCAAUCUGAAUUGGGUGAUUAUCACCCUGAUGAACAUGCACCUGGUUAUUUGUCAGAAAUGGCGCUGAUCCCAAAUCAAACUGAGGACAUGGAACACAAGAUUUGCGAACUUCAUAAGCUGCACAAGGGGCAAACUCCGGCAGAUGCUGAGUUCAAUUUUUUAGACCAUGCAAAGCGAUUGGAUAUGUAUGGUUUAGAUUUACACAAAGCUAAGGAUCAAUCAGGCAAAGAGCUACAGCUUGGGGUGACUUCAACAGGCCUAGUUGUUUUUCAAAAUAGCGUCAAAAUAAACACGUUUUCUUGGUGUAAGAUUGUGAAAAUAUCCUUCAAGCAAAAGCAGUUCUUCGUUCAGCUAAAAAGAGAACCAUCGGAAAAUUAUGAUACCCUUUUAGGCUUCAAUUUGGAAUCAUAUCGCUCAGCAAAGCAGCUUUGGCGAAGUUGUGUCGAACACCAUACGUUUUUUCGUCUCCAUUCACCGCAACCAAGAUCGAAAAAUCGGUUCCUGCCACCGCCUUUUCCGCUGGUUGGCUCAAGAUUUAGUUAUUCAGGAAGGACAGAAUAUCAAACUAUAGAAGAAGGGAAAUCAAGAGGCCUAGAACGCUCUUUCAUCAGGUCAAGGAGCAAAAGUAGUACAAGCAGGCUCAGGCAGUCAAUGUCCGCAGUCGUGGAGGAGAAACCAAAGCAACUAAUUUUGUCUCGUACUCCGAGACCGUAUGAUAACAAAGUAACAUCUUUGGGUGCGCGGGAGCCACGACGAGCGUGGGGUGACACUCCAUCACCCCUCCCUCAAGGCUCCGAUGACGAAGGAGGGUUCCUGGAAAGAACACUGACUGAAGAACGACAGACGGCUUUCUCGCCGCACCUACCAAACCGUACAGCUCUCACAUUUGUGGAUGAUGACACCGUCGAUUUGAUCACCGACAGGAUGUAUAUGGACUCAAGUGAGCCAAAUUAUUGUGAUACACAUGAAGAUAAUUUUGUAGUCAUCCGAAUUCUGCCCGAUGAGCAGGGUCGCUUUGGAUUCAAUGUCAAAGGAGGAUCUGACUUGAAUAUGCCGAUUCUAGUCUCCCGCGUAGCCCCAAACACUCCCGCCGAUAAAUGCUACCCGAAACUGAACGAAGGCGAUCAAGUCAUAAUGAUCAAUGAGAUCGACAUCAGCAACAUGUCUCACGAGCAGGUUGUGAAUCUCAUUCGUGCGUCCAGAGAUACUUCCAUAGGAGAAUUGGUUUUAACGGUAAAGCCUAAUUCUGUCUAUGAAGCCGGAGGUCAUGAUGUUGUGGAAGAACCACCAUACCAGUAUGUGCCUGACCCAUCAUUAGGAAUCGUCUCGAUCAACGGACACAAUGCGCUUGAGCAGUCUAUGCUUUUAUUGGCUGACGGUCUUGCAAGCGGUGCUCUUGUAACGCAAUUUGAGAGGUUGUAUCGGAGGAAGUCAGGUUUAACAAUGAAUGUAGCCAGGAAAAAUGAGAACGUGAACAAGAAUAGGUAUCGUGAUAUCCUGCCGUAUGAUGCCACUCGAGUGAUUCUCAGCGAGUUUGAAGAAGAUGAUUACAUAAAUGGAAAUUAUAUCAACAUGGAAAUACCUGGUUCAGGCAUAAUUAAUAGAUAUAUAGCCACUCAAGGUCCGUUGAGUAACACAAUAGGAGAUUUCUGGAGAAUGGUUUCGAAAGUAGGAAGCGGCCUAGUCGUAAUGCUCACUCCUCUGACGGAGAGGGGUAGAGUGAAAUGCCACCGAUAUUGGCCACCUUUAGGCGAAAGUCUAUCACUCCCACCGACGUCGCUAGUCGUGACCACUACCAAAGAGCAGAGCACGGAUGACGGCUCUUGCGUUUUUCGAGAAUUCAAACUCAAAGACCUACAAACUGAAGAGGAACGAGAUAUCAGUCAUAUGCAGUAUCUAUCCUGGCCGGACCAUGGGGUGCCGGGAGAUGUGGUACGGUUUCUGUCAUUCACAGCAGAGGUACGCGCUCUCCGCGCCGGCAUGGUCGAGCCUGCCAUCGUCCACUGUUCAGCCGGCAUUGGUAGAACAGGUGUUUUAAUUUUAAUGGAAACAGCAAUGUGCCUUGUCGAAGCAAACCAACCUGUCUACCCUCUAGAUAUUGUUCGCCAGAUGCGUGAUCAACGUGCAAUGAUGGUUCAGACACCGAAUCAGUACAGGUUUGUUUGCGGUUGUGUUCAUCAUGCCUACGUAGAAGGAAUCGUGAAACCCUUGCCUGAAUUCUGUCAGUGACAGAAGUCCCAUAUCGCACGCCUUCCUUCCAUCCAAACUCAAUUCCGUUCAAUUUUAUCAUCCCUCCUGAUAAGUUUAGUACCUACAUAGGGAACAUUAUCGUGUUUGCACCAAGCUAAUGAACAAAGUGAUUUUAUUGUAUCAAUUUUAUAGUUUUUCAUGUAUCUUGAAAUUUUAUCAUUGCUAGUUGUGUUAUUUAUUUCUUGUAUAGUUUGUCCUUUUUUAAAGAAUUUAUUUAUGAUCCUUAAAAUCUGUCAAAUCUAGGAAUCAAAUCAAAAAUUGAAUUAAAAAUGUUUCAGUGAAAA